CAGCAGGUCAACAUAUUCAGCGCGAGAGGCGGGCCUAUGUGCAGCGAAGAUGAGCCGUGGACUCAGUGCCGCUCAGUGGUCGUGAUUUCAUCGAUGAGGAGCUGACUGACCGCCUCACACACGCACACACACGCAGACAUGAUGACACGUGGAUAUUUGUGGGGGAGAGGAUCCACCGGCCGCCGGGUGGAUUAACGGGGUCGUCGCAUGGGUGUGUGUCGGCGUCCCGGACUGCUCGGCUCUCCUUCUCACUCCGGGACCCGGCGAUGCGCUCUUUAAAGGUUUGGCAAAGACAUCCGGAAAACGCAUCCAUGCGCCAGUCCGCAUCUCGAUAUGCCCCUGACAACACAAAGCCUGGUUUCAAGGAGCUGCCGUAAGAAACCACGCAUGCAAAUCGGCAUGGGUGCGUCAACGCGGUUAUUUCGCUGUGUUUUGCGGAUCUGGAGCGCAGUUGUGCAAUGAGACAAUCGGGAAUUAUCAAGUAGACUUUAUUGAUAGGCGACAUAAUUCGACAAUAUGGCUGAUCAGAGCAACAUCCAGUCCGCCGCCUCCAAGAGUAUCCGGCCUUUUAAAUCCAGCGAGGAGUACCUGUACGCCAUGAAGGAGGAUCUGGCUGAAUGGCUCAACACCCUGUAUGAUCUGGAUAUCACUGCGGACACCUUUAUGGACGGGCUGGGGACGGGCUGUGCCCUCUGUCGGCACGCCAACAACGUGAACCGCGCCGCGCAGGACUUCCAGCUGGAGUACCCGGAGGCUGCACAGUCCAUGAAGGUGCCAUCUAAAGAUGUUGUCUUUCAGUCACGCAACGUGGUCCCGGGCUCGUUCGUGGCGCGGGAUAACGUGUCCAAUUUCAUCAGCUGGUGCAGGCAGGAGCUGUGGAUCAAGGACGUGCUCAUGUUUGAGACCAACGACUUGGUGGAGAGAUGCAACGAGAAGAAUUUUGUUUUAUGCCUCCUCGAGGUGGCACGACGAGGGUCCAAGUUUGGCAUGUUGGCCCCCAUGUUGAUCCAGCUGGAGGAGGAGAUCGAGGAGGAGAUCCGGGACCAGGAAAGCCUGCGGAUCGAUGCGGGGGAGCCUGCUGAGCAGAGCCCGCCCAGCAGGUGCUUCAGUCGGAAGGAGAGCAGCCACAGUGUGGAGGAUGAGGAUGAACCUGAUCCAGAGCCCUACAUCUGGCCGCAGAAGAGAGUUUUGUGUGACAUGCGAAAUUUGGAUGAGCUGGUGCGUGAGAUUCUGGGCCGGUGUUCCUGUCCAGCUCAGUUUCCCAUGAUCAAGGUGUCGGAGGGCAAAUACAAAGUCGGAGACUCCAGUGCAUUGAUCUUUAUAAGGGUUCUUCGUACUCAUGUGAUGGUGCGUGUUGGAGGGGGCUGGGACACAUUAGAGCACUAUUUGGACAAGCAUGACCCGUGUCGCUGUGCUGCUUUUGCCCACCGCUACCACCAGGCUAAAGCCAGUGGCCAAGGUCAGGGCGCCCACAGUAAGUCCUCCAGUGCCCACUCCUCCCGCUCCACCAGCCCAGGUCCACACUGGCGAAAUGAUGGAAUCGCACCUUACAAACCUCCUGACAGGCGCUCCUUGGAGCCCCCAUCUGCUCCCUGUGCCUCCUCCUCCUCCACUCGGCCUGGCCGCUCUCAGAACCCUUCUGCCCCCACCGAUCUGGACUCCGGUGCAGCACGCACUCUACUCCCACGGCCGCCACGAGACCGCUCAGAACCCCGCCACUUUAAUCCUCUCAGGAAUAAGGACACAAUGUUGCCAGUGGCGAGACGACUGUCUGGAGACAGUGACUCCUCGACAGCCUCCUCUAAGGGCGGAGGAGGAGGAGGUGGAGGAGGAGGAGGUGGGGGAAAGUACUCUCUGGGUGGUGCUUCACGGCGCUCUGGUGAUGAGGUAGUCCUGCUUGUGAAUCGCAAGGAGGGGAAGCACGUGAUUGAGAGGCCUGCAGCGGGAAAUCAGACCCCAUCGCUACGCCCCUCACUGCCCCGUGCACGCAGCCAAUCUCGAGAGCGUCCUGCCCUCACUCCAAUACUCAAACCGAACCCCCCACAAGGAUCCGCUGAUGGAUCGCGGUCAUCCCGCACAGAGAGGGGGCGUUCCCUUGGAAACGAGGGCCCAAGGAGGAUACACGCUCCACGUUCCCACAGCCAGAGUAAGUUAACUAGCCGCACUAGGUCCAGUGAUGCAAGCCCGGGACCCGCUUCCUGCUACAGAGAUCCUCAACCUCCACCCCCGGACAGACGAGAGGACCUCCGGGCCAAACAAUUGCCCCCGUCCUCUCCCAGAAUAGGUGGUGGGUUCAGCAAGAGGCAGUCAUCCUCGUGCUCUAACUCCCCCGUUAAAGGGAUCCAGAACAACAACAGUAGCCCCAGUAAGAAGAUCAUAACUACCCCCAGACCUCCCGCACCACGCUCACCCUCCAUGGGAAGAGGCAGACUUCUGCCACCAGUCACCUCAGGAGGUCGACGUUCACCUCACUCAUCACCCCGCAACUCUCACCAUCAUUCUGCCCGCCCCCCCCGCACGUCACAGGGUGCUCGCUCUGCUGGGCGAGGCCAUCAUAGGAACUGGUCUGGCAUGGAGCACCAGGAGCCCGAGGAGGAAGGACUGGGCCUCGGCUUCCAGAUGCUGCCAACGCUGGACCCCCAGAGGGAGCAGGACCUGUAUCGCAGCUUUGAGGCUGAGUUUCUGGCUAAUACCCAGCAGGCUAGAGGAGUGUCUUGUAGAGCCCCAGGAGGAGCGACCCUGCAGGGAGCUGUGGUGCCAGCACCCGCUGAUCCUAACGUCACUGACUCUGCCUACUCCUCCUCUAACUCUUCCACCUCCUCCCUGAAUGUGGGUGCAAAGAUGGGAACUCUGCCCGACCUCAGGGAAUCCAAGAGAACUAAUCCGCGUCACUUCCCGCUGGACGACCCCUUAAAUUUACUUUAUGGACACAAUUUUGGAGGACCACACAACUUUGGUCCAGGAGAGCCUGAGCACUGGGGGGAGCGUGGAGGGGGUCUCAAGAAGCUUCCAGCCAUCUCUAGCUCCAUCGAGGAGAGGGAACCACCAUCUUCUCUGCCUGGCCUCGGAGACACAGACAGUUUGAUGAACCAGGUCCCGUCACAACCUGCUUUCCACUGUAGGAAUAUGAAUGGAGACCACGGUGGUUGUCCUCCCACAGGGGGGCUGACAGGUCAGCAGGGUCAGCUUGGCUGGGGCACAGGGCCAGAGGGAGACGUUCCUCUGGAGAAUCACCAGCCAAACUUACCAUACGACCUAGAAAAUGGUGAUCACAGUGAUGACCUCCCGCCCCCAGAGGCUUGUCCGUCACCUGUGGCCCUUCCCCCCUCUGAUGAUUGCUCCUUCCAGGACUCCUCAAGUGAAAACUCUUCCAUGUGCUUCAGCCUAAGUGAAUCCCGCUCAGAAUCCCCCCCGCCUUCUUCACCCCUGACAAACGGGGACACUGAUGGAGAAGGGCUGCAGACUAAGAAAGGGCAGAAGAAGGCAGACAGAGUUGCGCCUAUCUCUAAGCACAAACUGAGAGGCAGGAUGAGGCCUCGCACUGACAACAGGCCAGAAAAUAACCCGUCACGUAUCCCCACCCCGGUCAGCUACAGAGAUCUGCAAUCUCAUGAGACAUUUUCCCCGAGCCACACCCCACCGCUGUCCCCUCAGAGCUCCCGCUCUACUGGUCGUCCAGCCACAUGCAAGGGCCUGCACCAGGCCUUCACAGAUAUGAUCCAUCCUCAACCACGCUCCACAGCGAUGGGCAACAAAGACUGCCCUUUCCCUGGACAGUCAGGGAGCCUGGACACUGAAGCUUGGAUGUAGCACGAAUGAGACAGGGGCGUUGUUGUCAUAAAAUUUGACUACUGUGUAAAAAAAAAAAGAGAGAGAGAGAGACUGGGCUAUAGACUGUUUUCAUUGCAUGUCUAACUUCUUUUUCACUUAGUUUCUCCCCUGAAUAACUGCAGGGGGUUCACAUUGCUUUUAUGUUGCACUCAAGCCAAAUUAUUUAUUACCAAAGGAAUGGUCUCUUAAAUAUUACUUUUACUGUGUGCAUGGGGUUGUUUUGCCAAUCAUAAGGUUUUUUAUUUUUCUUAUUUUAUUUUUUUUGUUUGUUUUAGCAAAGACACUUGUGAAAUUGUCAUCAGUGACACGGAGAUAUAGAGAGAGAGCAUAUGUGCUGCCAUGUGCCCCGCCGAGGGGCAUGGUGAAGUGCCAGGGAUUUAAAGCUGCAACUCUACACAACAGUGUUAACACUAAACCUUUAGUCAGAUGGAUUGGCUCCCUCUUGUGGUCUGCCACAGCAUCUCUGCUUGCCUUCAUAGUCAAAAUACUGGUGUUUUCAGUCUCUCCACUUUUGUGGUCUUCAUAUAGGUAUACUCACAUUUUACAAUAUACUAAUAGGUAACAUAGACAAAGGUACCCCUGUCAUCCCUCUGACUUGAUGAACACUACAUGCACUACCUAUCUCUGUACAGUACUGUUAUUAAUGUCACCUUUUCACAACAAUUGAUGUUGUUGAGAUAGAUAUGUGUUUUUACAGGGUCCAGUGUGUAGGAUUUAGGGGGAUAUAUAUUGACAGAAAUUGACUAUAGAAUAAUAAGCUGGGUUUUUUU